GCAAAGCGUUUGAACCGGCGGCGCACUGGCCGUUUUUGGCGGGAAGGACAAGCAAGCAAGACAAAAGAGAGGCAAAGCGAGAACAAACAGAGCUGGCUGGCAGUUGCUUGUUUGUUGUGCGAGUGUGUUUGUGUCUGUGUGUUUGCACCAGCAGCACCAGCAGCACCAGCAGCACCAGCUGUCGUGAACAAACCCACGAUCCAAAGGCGGGAACUUGCCUGUGCAGCCGUCUCAAUACGUCAGCAGCAGCAGAAACAACAGCACCCCCAAACAUCGGCAGUCGCUCACUUUCACAUUCAGCAUUCGCACCACACACACACACACACACACUCACACACUCACACUCAAGCACUGCACUUGAGGAUGGCGGGAAACGCUGGAGGUGGUGAUGAAGAUGAUGCCCUGAGGGAGCUGGUGCGUCCACGGCUGCUGGUGCACGGCAACCAGCUCGUCAAGAUGUCCAUUGCCUUUGUCAGGGAACAGGACUUUGGCACCGUGGCAAGCACGCUCGCACUGCAGCAGGAGCUGCAUGAGCUGGUUGUGGCGGGGUUCGCAACCCACUUCCAGCAGCCACUGCGCCACGACCACCUCGUCAUCUACCCAGACCUUGCACCUUGGCCCGCAUCAAAAGCGUACAAAUUCUUCCAGGGCGCAACGCAGCUCAAGCCAGAGGCGCACAUGGUCGUCCUACGGGUGCGCCUCAUGCACAACACAUCUGCACCCAGCGCAAGUGCAGCUAGCACGCAUGCCAGCGCUGCCGCGAAUCCAAAACAACAACAACAGCAGCAGCAACAACAACAACAACAACAACAACAACAACAACAACAACAACAACAGCAACAACAAAGUCCAAAGCCCAGAAAGAAGAAGAAGAAGGAGAAGAAGACGGAAACGGAGCUGAAGCAGAAGAAGGGUGAUGUGAAGAAGAACAAGAAGAUGGAGAAGAAGGAAAAGAAGAAGCAAGACAAGCACGAAAAGAAGAAGACGAAGAAGAAGCAGCAGACGGAUGUUGAUGAUGAGUCAGCCACAACAGCGGCUGCUGGAGCGACAGACAAGGACGCAAAGUCCAGCAGCAGGACCAAGAAAAAGAGCAAGAAGCACAAGAAGCACAAGAAGGAGAGCGAGCAACAGCACGCUCCGGUCGUGCACAUCGUCGCCACAGCGCCACAGCCUCCAUUGCCGCCUGCAGAGGCGAUGGCCGCUACGACCACGUCGUUGCUACCACCUACAGCAACGCCGCCAGUCGUCUACCAAGCAACUGUGCAGCAGCAGCAACAACAACACCAACAACACCAACACCAACAACACCAACACCAACAACAACCGCAAGCACACGACCCAACUCAUGUCGCUGUGCCUUUGCCUUCCGCGAUAUCCACACCUCCACGACAGCAUGCUGUGCAACACGGCAAGCCUUCGCCAUCUUCGGCUGGACAAAGAACAGGCAACGGCACCCCGGCUGUUGCGACCUCCAUAACAACAUUCUCAACGGCCAUCCCCGUCAUAGUCAACUCUCGCAUGGUACGCCAACCCGACCCACCGCCACAACACAAGGCACAACAACGAACAACAACAGCAGCAGCAGCAGCAGCAGCAGCAACAACAACAACAACAACAACAACAACAACAGCAGCAGCAGCAGCAGCAGCAGCAGUCGCCCGGACGAAAUGCAAAGCGACGUGCAGCAAGAGCAGAAGCAUCGCCAGGCGCCAAGCAAGCCAAAGCACACGGCAAGGCCAGUGCCAGUGCCAUUGAACCAAAGGUUGAAGAAUCGCCCGUGAGCGCUGAGGUCAUGGACGCACGCAUCCGACAGGACCAGGAGGAGCAAGAGCAGCGGAUGCGGCUGUGGGUGCAGAAGGUGAUGCGGCAGCUGCGUCGGGAUGGCGGCACUACAAGCUAGUGUGCUGCCCGUUCUCCUCCGCAAUGCUCUGCAUCCUGCGUGCACGCGCUGCCGGUGUCUGUGCGCGGCUGGACGAUGUGGACCGCUUGUCCUCGCUCACCGUCUCGCCCGUGGUGACAAUGUCCAGUUGCUGCUCGGAGACGACGAUGAGGGCUGCGGAGUUGUUCAUGCCGCAGUAGUGGCUGGACGAGAACACGGUGAUCUGUCACACGAGCAAGGCACAAAGGAGGUGGGAAUGGGAGGUGUGAGACGGUGUUGGUGGGGAGGUGUGAUGUGGGGAAGGCGGGUGGAGAGGGGGGGGGGUGCAUUU